UCCUAUGCCUACCUGAGUCUAUAGCACUUCGAACUUACGAAGAGAUACCAUUUGUUAAUUAUACUUCAAGCAGCUCUACGUCACUUUGAGUGAAUUACUACAGCUUAUAUGCUGCACAGAAGCCUAGCGCGAUUUGUGAGUUUUUUUUAAGACAAUAUCUUCAUGAAGGUUGUAUAACAACGGAACGACGAUAUCACCGUUUUCUUCGGACUUUGACAAUGUGGAUCGAAAUAUGACUGACGAAGGCUGUGGGUAGUUUGUUUUGGGUUUGGUUUGAAAUGCGCGUGCGGCAAAGUGCGUGCUAGAGUAUACGAAAUAAAGAAGCGUAAAGCACAGUGACGCAGCUUUGCAUCGUAAAUGCGUUGUACGUGAAUUCGAUUACCUUUUCUGACUGAUUUUCGUCACAAGAAAUAAAUGUAGUGGUUUACUACGAAUGGAAGUUAACAAUUAGAUGGUGUGACCAGCUUUACCAAUUUUCAGACUCGAUAGCGUUUGAAUAUGAAAGCUGUAAGAAUUCAUAAAUUUGGAAGUAAAGAUGCGCUUAAGCUGGAGACAGUGCCCAUACCAGAAGUUGGCGAAUCCGAAGUUCUCGUGCGUGUUAAUGCUGCUGGUAUUAACCCCGUCGACACUUACAUCAGGGAAGGAUCAUUUGCUGUUCUGCCGACACUUCCAGCCAUACUGGGCAAAGAGGCAGCAGGCGUUGUUGAGAAAGUAGGAGAUGGAGUCCAAGGUUUAAAGGAAGGGGAUAGAGUAUUCACAUGCUUGCCAGAUAAUGGAGGCUAUGCAGAAUAUGUUACGUGCAAGAAAAACUAUGUCUUCCCGCUCUCAGAAAGGCUGUCAUUUAGUCAAGGUGCAGGGCUAUAUGUGCCGUACUUUACAGCAUAUAGAGCUUUGGUGAUUAAGUGUCGCAUUAAACCGGGAGAAGUCCUUCUAAUUCAUGGUGCAAGUGGUGCAGUUGGAAUUGCAGCAUUACAGUUGGCCAAAGCAUGUGGAGUUUCUGUUGUUGGCACGGCUGGAACAUUGGAAGGCAUGGAACUAGUAAAGAGUCUGGGAGCAGACUUCGUGUUUAAUCAUAAAGAAAAGGGUUAUCUCAACAAUGCCGUAGCCGCAAUAGGAGGGCAAGGUUUCAAUGUUGUUUUGGAAAAUCUUGCUAAUAUUAACCUUGGUGCUGACCUCACAGUUCUGAAUCAACAAGCAAGAGUUGCUGUAAGAAUUCCAGUUGUAGGUUCUCGUGGAUCAGUUGAAGUGAAUCCUCGUUCACUCAUGCUGACUGAAAGUACCAUCAUAGGUGUUAAGCUGAUGGGGAAUACAGAGGAAGAACAUUUGGAGGCUGCUGGUGUGAUUCUGAAAGGAAUUGAAGAUGGAUGGGUUAAACCUAUAAUUGCCAGAGAAUAUGCACUUGAGGAAGCUUCCCAAGCUCAUCAUGACAUUAUUCAUAAUAAGGGUGCUAGAGGGAAACUUGUUUUCAAGGUGUGAAUUUUGUAAAAUGGAAAUUUACUUUAUGGUACCCUAAAGAUAUGAAAUGCAAACAGUUUGCUCAGCAUUAAUCAUACCAAUUUGAACUCUUAUGUUCCUGCAUAUGGCUUUUAUAGAGAAUGAGUUCAGUUUAUGGUAGUAUUGAAUACAUUAUGUAAUACAUUUUAGUUUCUAAAGCAACAGGUUAUUUUGGAUUACAACAUUGGAGAUACUUACAGAUAUUAAUUUACAAUGCAUUUGACGUAAGUUAGUAUUUGUAAUGUCUCUAUUGAAACCAGUCUAUACUGUUACUGUUGGAGAAGUUUUGAACAUUGCUUCAGUGGCAAAAUUAGGGACUGGAUCAUUGUUGAAAUAAUUGUAUGGUCCUUAAGUAUUGAAGGAAGACGUUAAGAUUACAGAAUUAGUUUUUCAUUUUUAAAAUAAAAAUGCAUCAGUCAAC